CAAAACCAAGCACCUAGCAACCUGCCCGGACUUCAGCUCCGGCAAUCGCAAACCACACACACCGAGAGCGACACCUUCAAUAUCCGAUCGAUGGCGCUCCGGACAGCAAUUACCAGACGAAUCCUGACCUCCAGCUCGAUGGUACAUGGCUCUCGAUCCAUGUCUUCGUGGUGGAAAAAUGUUGAGCCUGCGCCCAAAGAUCCCAUUCUUGGCGUGACUGAAGCGUUUCUUGCAGAUCCCAGUCCUGAUAAAGUUAAUGUUGGCGUUGGAGCUUAUCGCGAUGAUAACGGGAAGCCGGUAGUCCUCGAUUGUGUCAGAGAAGCAGAGAGACGGAUUGCUGGAAGCAUGAACAUGGAAUAUCUUCCAAUGGGAGGAAGCAACAAGAUGGUUGAGGAAACCCUAAAGUUAGCCUAUGGGGAAGAUUCUGACUUGAUCAAAGAUAAAAGAAUUGCAGCUAUACAAGCUUUAUCUGGCACUGGUGCAUGCAGAAUUUUUGCAGACUUCCAGAAACGCUUUUCCCCUGAUUCUCAUAUCUAUAUCCCAGUCCCUACUUGGUCCAACCACCAUAACAUUUGGAGGGAUGCAAAUGUACCACAAAGGACAUUCCAUUAUUAUCAUCCAGAAUCAAAAGGUCUUGAUUUCGCCUCACUGAUGGAUGAUGUUAAGAAUGCACCAAAGGGGUCUUUCUUUUUGCUGCAUGCUUGUGCUCAUAAUCCUACAGGAGUUGAUCCUACAGUAGAACAAUGGAAAGAAAUGUCUUACCAGUUUAAGGUGAAAGGUCAUUUUGCUUUCUUUGACAUGGCAUAUCAAGGGUUUGCAAGUGGUGAUCCAGAAAGAGAUGUGAAAUCCAUUAGGAUUUUCCUUGAAGAUGGGCAUUUGAUUGGAUGCUCUCAAUCAUAUGCUAAAAAUAUGGGUCUUUAUGGCCAGAGAGUUGGAUGCCUCAGCUUGGUAUGUGAAGAUGAAAAGCAAGCAAUAGCUGUGAAAAGUCAACUGCAGCAACUUGCAAGACCCAUGUACAGCAAUCCACCACUUCAUGGUGCACUUGUUGUUUCAACUGUUCUUGGUGAUCCAGAUCUAAAGCAAUUGUGGCUCAAGGAAGUCAAGGGUAUGGCUGACCGGAUCAUUGGAAUGAGAAGUGCUCUUAGGGAAAACAUUGAAAAAUUGGGUUCCCCUUUAUCAUGGGAACACAUAACCAAUCAGAUUGGGAUGUUCUGCUAUAGUGGGAUGACUCCUGAGCAAGUUGAUCGCUUGACAAAUGAAUUUCAUAUUUAUAUGACCCGAAAUGGGCGAAUUAGUAUGGCGGGGGUUACAACUGGCAAUGUUGAGUACUUGGCGAAAGCUAUCCAUGAAGUUACAAAGACUGCUUAAAGGACAUUUUUGUAAUUCCUUAUGAGGUUUUGAUUAAAAAAAAAAAAAAGAACUAGUAUUUUUGGGUAUUAUCCUUGAAAAUUAUCAUCCAUUGGUUUCUAAAUUAAAAUAAAAAAGGGCCAAAGUACUUGAUUUAGUUAUGAGUUUUGAUUGGUUGUAGUGGAUAGUGAUAAUUGUGUUGUUGUGGAAGAGGAUUUGGACAAGUUAUAAUUUCUUGAGUUGUAUAUUGGUGGCUUUAAAGCCGCCUACGUGUUGAAUAAUAAAACACAUUUGUAUUGUAGCGCAUUAAUACCAAAGAACCACUCUUUUAACAU